CGAAACGCGUUCGGAGAUGAAACGUCAAACAGCAAGCAGCUGUCAAAUAUUUUUGUUUGUCAUCUUCAACACAAACUUUGCGGAGUUAUUGUGAAUUAAAACAUCGAAAAUGUCUGAAAUGGAAGUAACAGAGAGUGGGAACGAUUGUUCCAAUGAUUUGUUGCUUCUGGAUCGCGUGUUUCUGCGUCUAGGCAACGCGGACAGUGAUGAUCAGCUCGAGAGUUGCUUGAACAGGUUCCUUCCUCCUGUCAUACUGAAGCUUUCGUCACCAUAUGAACAGGUGCGUACCAAAGUGAUGGAGCUGCUAGUGCAUGUGAACAAGAGAGUGAAGUGCCGGGCUGAUGUCCAGCUGCCGGUGCAGACACUCUUACAGUUGUACAUGGAGCCCACUUCUAAUAGCUUCAUUGUUAACUUCACAAUCAUCUACAUAACUAUGGGAUUCCCAAGGCUGCCUCAUGACCAGCAGCUCAGCUUGGCCCCGUCUCUGUUGCAAGCCAUUGAGAACAAACCACAGGGACAUCAAGAUGGUAUUCUAAUGCUAGUCAUGCCAUUGCUGGGCAACAUCAAGGAAAAUGAUCUGAACUUGAAAGAGAAGCCUAAAGUUGCCAACUUGAUACUCAAGUUUGCCACUGAUGUGCUACUUCUACCAUACAGGGCACUACCAAAUCCUGGAGAGAGUGAGUUCCAAAUCCCGCCCGGAAUGAGUAUGAAGACAUACAAACGCAUCGUCGACAAGAAUCAGUUAAAUCCUAACCAGUUGGAAGAGAUGAAGUUGUCCAUAGUGAAUUUUAUAGCCAAGGAUAUAUUCAACAUGAAUGAUACACUGUUAACGUUGAUCGUAGCUGCGGCGGACUCGCGUUUCAGUGUUGCCAAUUGCGCGAAUAGCCCGCUUAUUAGGGUUAACAGUUCUGUAGACUGGUCUCUGCCGUCAGUGGUAGCUCCAUUAUACUCCUUAUAUUUGGGCACUUGGGGAGGCAUGAAGGUUCCUCCAGAUGACCGCAAGGUACCAGCGUGCACAAGACUGCGUUUGAAACUGAUUCAGUAUUUGAACAAAGCCACCGGCCCGGCGAUUAUGUUCCCUCACUGUGUACAGGUUGUAUUUUCAUCCCUGUUUGAUCCGAACACAAAUUCAAGGUUAAGGAACCAAGCUUUAGUGUUUCUUCUAAACGUCAUUAAUGGUGGCGACGAAACUCAGCUGAAGAAGGUAGCGACAGUAUUCUUGCAAGGACUGCUGAAGCUCAUCCGAUCAGAUGAACACGCUGAACAACAUCCUAAGGCCUACAUGUGUUUAGGUCGUCUAGCAAUGAAGUGUCCCGACACUAUAAACAAUCAGUUCGCGCUACUAGAAGAGUUGGUGAAGAAGAUUCCAGAAGCCGUGCCCGAGAUGAAGACUGCGCUCAGAGACGCACUGCUCGAGAUGUCGGCUGGCUUCAAGAUUAAUGCUGAAGUAAAAGCGACAACCUCCACUGCGUCGGCUAGCACGUCACAAGGAGACAAGAUGGAUGUGGAUGACAGCGCUAAAACCAGUCCCUUCGACGAACCACAGGCGUUGGCGCUGUUCGCGUUGUUGGACCACUACAUGCACAGUGAAGAGCCGAUGAUCCGGUACAUCGCGAUGCGUUACUCCGCGGCCGUGUUCCCGCAGGACUAUGUGCCGUCUAGAUAUCUGCUGUUAUUGGCUAGUGGAGACAGUCAAGACGACAUCUCAACGGAAGCACUAAAAUGUCUAUACGGUACCUCACGAGCCAGCGAAAUAGAGGAUGCAGUAUUCAACGUAUCAAAGAAAGAAGCAUCAGUAGUCACCAUAGACGAGGAUUCUUCUAAGAAAGACAAGGACAGAGCACCGGAAGUCGAAGAGUUUAAAGUGCCAAAGUUUAGGGAAGUAGUGAAUUAUAUUUGGGAUCAAAUGCAGAAGAGGAAGAAGGGGUCCAAUGCUAAGCAUCGGUUUGUGGUCGGCAAUCAGGUGCUGCAGUUUCAUCCGUUGACUUAUCAGGAGAUUCUACGCUACAUGCGAAUGUGCCUGAACCGCGACGCGAACCUAAAAGACUGUUCGAACCACCCGAACGCGAAGUCGCCGCUCCUCGCGAAGUAUUUCUACGAUAACCUGUUGAACACUGAAGUGUUGGAGCGGUACCUUACUAUGAUCACGUCGCUGUUGAAUGCUAGUCCAGAAAUAAUGCCAUUAUCAUGCUUCCUGGACAUCGUCGGCUGUGUACCUGAAAAAAUGUCUUCAAAAUACACGAGCCUACUCCCAUUCCUUCGCAAUUUAUUCACCACCAGCACCAAGGAGGAUAUUCGCGAAAUAGCCUCAGUUAUCUAUGCCAUCAUUACCGUCAAUACCAGCGAGAAGUCUGCCAUAGACAAGGAGAUCAAGGAGUUUGUAAUACAAGGGAAGAGUAAUAAGAAUUUGGAAGCCCAAUGUGGGUAUUUGUCGGCCGUGUCGAACUUGUGUGAGCGAUGUGUCGUGUUGGCGAAGAGGGGGAAGUUUGGGGGGAAGGGAUUCAGUCCGGCUAAUUGGGAGCCGUAUCAGGAAGGUGCUGUUGUUUUUGCAAACUUCCUAUCGAGCCCACAACCGCUUCUCGUAAGCUCGUCAUGUUCCGCCAUUUCUCUCCUCGCUCGCUGCAGCGGCUUACCUCUGCCCAACACGUCAGCUAAACAGGAGGAAUUAUUGAAGAGUGAUAACCCUUUCAAUGUUAAUAAGAGCGAUACGAAUGUUGAAGAGGGCGAUGUUACCAAGUUUAUUGUAGCUGAUAGAUUGUUCAAGAUAGUUGGCAACGCGAAACUGCCGUCGAAGUUAAAAGAGAGGGCGCUGUUCACGCUUGGCCUUCUGUGUUGUGGAGAAAGAUUGCCUUUUGCCAAACAGAUCGUCAUGGGAUUCCUGCAAAUGGCUAAAGAUAGCAAAGAGUUCGAAAUACAUUUGCAAAUAGGCGAGUCACUGGUGUUAUGUGUGGAAGGUGUAAAUUCUAAUGAAAACAGGGAUUUGUGGACUGAAUUGCCUAAAGAGGGUACGGCAAAAAUAAAGAAUAUGGAAGCUUUAAAAGAAAACGAUCAGCUGCUAGAGUGGUUGCUUCAUGAGCUCUUCAAGAUUGGAAGACAUCCACAUCCACAUUCCAGACAAGCGACCAGUAUUUGGUUGUUAGCGUUGCUAAAGAACUGUCCAGAACGAGAGCCAAUCAAGAGCAAACUGCAAAUAUUGCAAGAUGUCUUUAUGGACUUCUUAUCAGAAAAUAGCGACAUAGUACAAGACGUAGCCAGCAAAGGUCUGUCGCUAGUCUAUCAGAACUCAGACGAGAGUCAGAAACAGGCGCUAGUGGGUCAGAUCAUAGAGCAGCUGACCAGUGGCAAGCGGUCUGUGGCGCAGGUCACUGAGGAUACUAAGAUAUUUGAGGAAGGACAGCUUGGGAAGGCUCCUACUGGCGGUAAUCUGUCUACGUACAAAGAGUUGUGUUCCCUCGCAUCAGACCUGAACCAACCGGAUCUGCUGUACAAGUUCAUGCACCUCGCACAUCACAACUCCAUGUGGAACUCUAAGAAAGGUGCAGCGUUCGGUUUCCACUCAAUAGCCUUACAAGCAGGUGCCCAACUAUCCGAGCACCUGCCGAAGAUAGUCCCGCGGCUGUACCGCUACCGCUUCGACCCCACGCCGCGUAUACAGAACUCCAUGCAGAGCAUCUGGCAUGCUAUAGUGCCCAACACUACCGCUACUGUUCAUAAAUACCACAAAGAGAUCCUGGACGACUUAGUGGCCAAUUUGACGUCCAAUCAAUGGAGAGUCAGGAUGUCUUGCUGUAACGCACUCGCUGACUUAUUGAGAGGCGCACAAAGUUUACACGACUCAUUGGAGCAGCUGCCGACGAUUUGGUCGCAAUUGUUCAGAGUAAUGGAUGAUGUACACGAAGGUACUCGACAAGCGGCUACCUCUACUGCUAACGUGCUGUCUAAGCUAUGUAUCCGAGCGGCAGAUGUUAGUACUGGCAAGGACGGAAAGCAGGUGGUGUCUGUGAUACUGCCCGUGCUACUCGACACCGGUAUCACCAAUCUCGUGAAGGAAGUCAGGAGUGUCAGCUUACAAACAGUAUCGAAGCUAGUGACAGCGGCGGGCGACACACUGAAGCCGUUCCUCCCGCGCCUGAUCCCCGCGCUGGCGGGCGCCGCGGGCGAGCUCGAGUCCGCCAGGCUGUCCUACCUGUCCACCGCGCUAGCUGAUACUGCCACACGAGAUGUGCUCGACGACAUGAGAGCUAACGCUGCUAAGCAUCAUUAUACUACUGAUACUGUUGUUAAGUGCAUGACAUACGUGGACAUAGAUGUGAUGAAGGAAAUGCUGCCACAACUCCUAGAGCUGAUGAAAUCCCCGCAGCUUGGCACCAAAGUGUCUUGUUGUCACUUCAUGGUAUUAGCCGCCCAUUACUUACGUGCCGACCUUGAGCCGGUGGCAGGGAAAAUCAUGUCCAGUUUAUUGAAUGGGACUUUCGAUAGAAAUUCUACGGUGAGGAAGAAUUGUGCCGAAGCUUUGGGUCAAGUUUCUGCUUUUGCUAAGUUCAGUUCAGUAGAGAAACUAAUGAAGAAACUAGUAACACUAUACGAGACGAAAGAGGAUGAUACUUCUCGUUCGGCCAUCGCGCUGUGCCUCAGGUCUAUAUCUAAGGCUAAGAUGGAGCAUAUCAAGGAUAAUGAGACCAUACUGGCUCCUAUGGUGUUCUUGGCCAUGCAUGGGCCUAAGGAUGAAGAGUCAUCAACAGUGGAGAUGUUCGAAGAGAUAUGGACGGACAUAAGCCCGGCGCGAGCGAGCGGCAUCAAGCAGCACCUGCCCGUCAUACGCGAGGAGAUCGAGAAGUCGCUCAACUCCAGCAGCUGGACUAAGAAGGUUCAGGCAGCAAACGCAAUAAAAACAAUAUGCAAAGAGGUAUCGUCAGGUUUAGGCGAACAUCGAGAACAGUUGAUCCGCGCCAUGUUGGCGGCAGUGCACGGCAAGACGUUCGACGGGAAAGAGCAUGUCAUUGAGGCGUUAGCUGAGUUGUGCGCAGUAAAAGAAAACGAACCACCAGUAUCAGCAGCGCUAGCAUCAGAAUGCAUCAACGCAUUACUAGUAGAGAGUCGCAAACAAGAGAUGGUGUACAAGCGUCACGCCAUCACAGCGCUCGGCCAGGCCAUCGCCGCCACGCACUGCGACCGCUUCCAACAGUUGUACGACAUCGUCAAGGUUAUACUGUCCAAGGACGAAUUAUCAAUGGGCAAGGAAUCUGAUGAGGAAGACAAUGAAGGAGCGAGGCAGCGGCGCGAACAACUGACGGCGCUCAAAGAAGCUGCCUACGAGCUGCUUGGCAAAGCCUGGCCUAAGGAACCGGACACGCAAGAAAAAUACCAAGACGUAUUCUUCGAGCACUGCUCUAAAUCCUACCCGACGAGCUCACGUUCAACCCAGCUCGCCAUCCUAGCGUCCGUCGCGCGAGUACUAGAGAGACUCACAGUACUGAGCAAUGUGGAGCCCAUGGAGACUGACAAUAUGCCCGCUUCAAACAGGGAUAAAGCCAUCAGCAGUGUUACUGGACAUGUCGUCUUGAUUAUUGAGUAUACUUUACAGAACAGUAAUCAAGUAAGGCACAGAAGGGAUGCGCUCAAUAUAAUGGAAAUACUUGUCAAACAAUUAAAAGAUCUCAACAAAACAGAGGAGUUGGAUAAGCUACGAACGAUCUACCAAAUGUAUGUUCAAGACUUAUCAAAGGAUUCGUCACACGAAAUUCGAACCAAAGUGGACAGUAUCAAAGUGCAUUUUAAAUAGUACACGCGUAUUUAUUGUCGUGAAAACCAGUAAUUAAAAUUUUGAUAACAUU